CCCAAAAAGAAAACCCAGCUUCGAGCCGUCACCCUCCGCCACGAAAGAAGAGAAGGGGGAUCGAGACUAAGAGAAAAAAGAAGAAGAAGAAAAAAAAGGAUCUCGGCUUGUCCAGCCCUUCUUCUGCGGCAACAGGAACAGACAGCGAACCCGGUGGAUUUUUUUUUUUCCUCCCCUUCUUCGGCGUUUCUUUUCCAGCGCAAGGACUUCCACUCAGGAAAAAAAAACCAACAACACAACCAACCAACCAACAAACCUGCAGAGACCACACCCAAAAAAAAAAAAAAAAAAAAAAGCAAGACUAAUAAUGAACAAUCCUGUUAAUCCGCUGUCCCGAGGGCUGGGGAUGUGCCCCGGCUCGGGAAGUUGUAGGCUGUAGAAGUUCUGCCUCUCCCCCAUGUACUGUGCUGUCUAGAGCUUGUUUUCCCCCACCCUAUUUUAUAUAUAGAAUUUUUUUUUUUUUUGGUGCUUUAUUGCUGUUAUUGUUAUUAUCUUAAUUUUUCUUCUUCAUGAUGUGCUGUUAGAAACCACUCCGGGACUACUCCAGCAGUAGGAAGACCGAGGAGUGGAGUGGAUGAAUAUACCGAUGAGAGAUCCAGUAAUCCCUGGGACAAGCAUGGCUUAUCAUCCUUUUUUACCUCACCGGGCACCGGACUUUGCCAUGAGCGCUGUUUUGGGACAUCAACCUCCCUUUUUCCCGGCUCUGGCUUUGCCCCCCAACGGGGCGGCCGCCCUUUCUCUUCCCGGGGCUCUGGCUAAACCCAUCAUGGAUCAGUUAGUGGGGGCUGCAGAGACUGGUAUCCCCUUUUCUUCCCUGGGUCACCAGGCAGCAGCCCAUCUGAGGCCUUUAAAAACUCUGGAGCCCGAAGAAGAGGUGGAAGAUGAUCCGAAAGUGCAUCUGGAGGCCAAAGAGCUUUGGGAACAAUUCCAUAAAAGAGGCACGGAGAUGGUGAUUACCAAAUCGGGAAGGAGAAUGUUUCCUCCAUUUAAAGUGAGAUGCACUGGACUGGAUAAAAAGGCCAAGUACAUUUUAUUGAUGGAUAUUGUGGCGGCUGAUGAUUGUAGGUACAAAUUCCAUAAUUCCCGGUGGAUGGUAGCCGGCAAAGCUGACCCUGAAAUGCCAAAGAGAAUGUACAUCCACCCGGACAGCCCGGCCACCGGCGAACAAUGGAUGUCCAAAGUCGUCACCUUUCACAAGCUGAAGCUCACUAACAACAUCUCUGACAAGCACGGAUUUGUGAGUGCCUUUUACACCUUCCUUUGCCCCCCCUUUUCCCCUUUUUCCCACCGNNNCCAGCCCCGGUUCCACAUCGUCCGAGCCAACGAUAUCCUGAAGCUUCCCUACAGCACGUUCAGGACCUACGUUUUCCCGGAGACUGAAUUCAUCGCAGUGACCGCAUACCAGAAUGAUAAGAUCACUCAAUUAAAAAUUGACAACAACCCCUUCGCCAAAGGUUUUCGGGACACCGGGAAUGGCAGGAGGGAAAAAAGGAAGCAGCUGACCCUGCAGUCCAUGCGGGUGUACGACGAGAGGCAGAAGAAGGAGAACCCCACCUCGGACGAGUCCUCCAACGAGCAGACGGCCUUCAAGUGCUUCGCCCAGUCCUCCUGCCCCGCCGUGCCCGCUGUCGGCACCUCCAGCCUCAAAGAUCUCUGUCCCAGCGAGGGAGACAGCGACGCAGACAGCAAAGACGACCCUUUGCUAGAAGGCAGCGAGUCGGGGAAAAUCAGCACGACCACCGCCCCCACCACCACCCCAGCGCCGGCCAGUUCCGUCGGGGGGGCGGGAGAAGACCCCCGGGAGAAAGGGGGCAGCCCCAUCAAAAGCCACUUCUUCCCCGGUGACUCGACGGGGAGUCGGAGCCGAGAGAGGACGGAGAAAGCCCCUCCGGACUCCCGGCACAGCCCGGCCACCAUCUCCUCCAGCACCCGGGGGGGCAGUUUGAGCGGCGAAGAACUGAAAAGCCCCCUCAGGGACGGCCCCAAAGUAGAUGAAAACCGGCUUUUGGGUAAAGAACCCUUCGCCCCCCUCACGGUGCAGACCGACAGCGCGGCCCACCUGAGCCAGGGCCACUUGCAGAACCUCGGCUUCCCCCCAACCCUGGCCGGCCAACAGUUCUUCAACCCCUUGGGGAACGGGCACCCCCUCUUGCUGCACCCCGGGCAGUUCGCCAUGGGGGGGGCUUUCUCCGGUAUGGCGGCGGGGAUGGGGCCGUUGCUCGCCACCGUCUCCGGGGCAUCCGCCGGUGUGUCGGGGUUGGACAACACGGUGAUGGCCACGGCGGCGGCCCAGGGACUCUCGGGAGCAUCGGCGGCUGCUUUGCCUUUCCACCUCCAGCAGCACGUCCUGGCUUCUCAGGUACAGCAUCCCCCCCCCAAAACCCGAGAAGGGGGGGCUCCAUCCUGGGGGAGAGGUGGGAGCAGCGGGGCACCCCCCCUUAGCAUCCCUGCUGUGGGUCCCGUCCCCCCCCCCUCGCCCUGGCUCUUUCUGCAGGGGGCAGCAGCUAGUGGCCCGUAUAUUGGAAAGUGA